GACUUCCGGUUCUGCGCGUUGCCAGUCAGCUGACAGAUGUCUCCGCGCUGCUCCGAGAUUUCCAGACCCACCUGAGGGGCCGAAGGUAAGGCGAUCUCGCGGCGCGUUUUGUCUCUCGCUUGCUCGCACGAUGAGCGUCGGCACCCCGAAAACUCUGCCUUCGUCCGGGCAGAAAUCCAUCCAGGACAUCUGCCACCCGCUAUCCGCGGAGGAGUCGCUCCUCACUCCAAGCCCAGAUGCAGCCAACACCAGCAGCAGCAUCGGCCACAGGGACUUAAGUCUCCCCAACGGUAAUGCGGUGGACACGUCCAGCCCGGCCUCGUCGUCCUCUUUGCUAAAUCGCCUGCAGCUUGACGACGACCUGGACGGAGAGAUGCGGGAUCUGUUUGUGACCGUGGACGACCCGAAGAAACACGUGUCCGCCAUGGAGACGUACAUCACAUACAGAGUGUCUACUAAGACCACCAGAACAGAGUUUGACCUUCCGGAAUAUUCUGUGCGGAGGCGCUAUCAAGACUUUGAUUGGCUGAGGAACAAGCUCGAAGACAGCCAACCAACCCACCUUAUUCCACCAUUACCUGAAAAAUUUGUGAUGAAAGGAGUGGUGGAUCGUUUUUCAGAAGAAUUUGUCGAGACGAGGAGAAAAGCCCUGGAUAAGUUCCUGAAACGGGUUGCCGAUCACCCUGUCCUUUCCUUCAACGAGCACUUCAGUGCUUUCCUGUCUGCCAAGGAUUUGAACAAAAGGCAAGGCCUGGCUCUGCUGUCCAAGAUGGGCGAGUCUGUGAAGUAUGUGACGGGCGGCUACAAGCUGAGAGCGCGGCCGGUCGAUUUCGCCACAAUGGGUGAUUAUCUGGACAUGUUCACGCAGAAGCUGGGUACCAUCGACCGGAUAGCACAGAGGAUCAUCAAAGAGCAGUCAGAGUACCUAGUGGAGCUGAGAGAGUACGGGCCGCUCCACUCGUCAUGGGCUUCCUUCGAGCAGGAGCUUCAGGAGCCGCUGGACGGCGUUUCAGGCUGUGUGGCUAACUGCUGCAGCACCCUGGAGGAACUUACAGAGGACAUGAGCGAUGAUUUCCUGCCUGUCCUGCGAGAAUACGUCCUCUACGUUGAAUCCAUGAAGAAUGUUUUGAAGAAGAGGGACCAAGUUCAGGCCGAGUACGAGGCUAAACUGGAGGCUGUAGCAUUCCGUGAGGAAAAGAAGACAACUGUGCCCACUGAUGUGGAGAAGUGCCAGGACCGGCUGGAGUGCUUCAACGCUGACCUGAAGGCCGACUGGGAGCGCUGGCAGAAUAACAAGCGGCAGGAUUUCAGACAGUUGCUGACCAGCAUGGCAGACAAAAACAUCCAGUACUAUGAAAAGUGCCUUGCUGCAUGGGAGUCCCUCGUUCCAGUCUUACAGGACAAACGGGAAGCCAAGGCAGAGACGAACUGAGCUUUAAGCAUCACCUGCUCUCGUGAUCAGUGUGAGAUCAUGGCGGCGUGAUCAUCAUUUUCCUACCGGGGACUCUGAGGAACAAGUGGAUGGCCUACACAAAAAAAAAGACCGCUCGAUAUUUGUAAAGUGUGUGGGUUCUUUUUUUUUUUUUAUGAAAUCCCAUCCAAGCCCCAUCUCCUCCUUUCCGGCAUGGAAGAACAUGGUCAUUUUGUGUUCCACAGAAGCACAGCGAGACAAACCACACAAUGACCUGGAGUUAUCCUAUGAACUUUUACAGACAGGAAAAGAGAAGUACAGCAGCGAAACACUCGCCAAACGUUUUCCUCAUCUAUAAAUUCCGCUCGUCUUCAGCAUGAUUCCCUUUUUUUUAAGUAUCGCGGCCUCGUCACGUGACCGUGAAAAGACAGGCCAAGGAUUGUCCACGUUUCUUUCACUAAGUUUGAUGUGUAUGCUUAUUUUUUUCUUCGUGUUGUUUCAGGAACACUACAGGUCUCGCACGGGAUCAUUUACACUUUAUUCCAAUUUGUGAUUUACGUGUUUUUUUUUUUUUUGGGUUGAUUCUAAAGGUUGUCUAAUCAGCCCUACAUGACCUCAUUAAAUAUAUACGUCCAAAUGAUUUUUUUUUUAUAUUUAUAUAUACACAUAUAUACAUUUCCUCCAGAUUGUUGGGUUUCGCUUUGACAGGUUGUUGAAAACGAAACGAAAACGCUGCAUCGGAAAAAGGAAAUGUCUCCAGACCACUUAUUCUUUUUCUCUCUCACAGAGAUGUGAUUUCUCAGCAGGACAUGAAACUAUAGAAGGUUUUUGUUUAUAAUGUAAGCGUCAGGACUAAUUAAGAAACGCUCUGGGAUUCAAACACGUUUCACAUCUUCAUAUACUUUUCUACACAGGUGUGUUUUGAGGACCUUUUCUGUAUUGUUUCCACAUGAAAUAUAUCAAGGUUUAUUUCCACAA